AUGGAUUCCUCUCGUGGACUGUGGCAGUGGCUCAUUGACUCCAGCGUGUUUCGCAACGUUGCUCUCCGUUUCGCCAACACAACCGGCGGUAGGAAAUACAACGGCAACAUCUGGGAAACACACUUUACGCCACCCGCUCAAGUCCUGGUUGAAAAGCUCAUGAUACGCAUGCACCUGAUAACCCCUUUCACCUCGAAGGACGCUUCCGAGAACCAUUCAUACACUGCAAGCUCCAACGCCACCUCGUUUGUCGACUCGAACCAGAUCUACCUUUUGGGAUUGUCAACCGGAGGCGAUGUCGUUUACCUUGGCGACGAAGACUCCGCUUACGAUCGCAACACUUGCACGGUGGAUUCGACCUUCACGCUUGACGCUGCGGGCAAUGACAAGCUGGUAUAUGCCGUCGCGAGCCGAUCCAAACAGAAGACGGAGCAGCAGGCCGACGGCACAACCAGGGAGUGGGUCGACGAGGCCGAGGUGGCGGACACAUUAUUCACGGUUUGA